GACAUUGUUAAAUGGCAAACCAUCAUCAUUUCAAACUCACUCUUUCUGUCUCUCCUUCUCUCUUUCAAGAAAAAAAAAUAAUAAAAAAAAAAUCUCUGUGUCCUCUCUUACCAUCUUCCUCAUAGUGUUGGAGAAACAUUAAUAAUUUAAUAGAGAAUGGAGAGAGAAAGCAUGGGAGAAGCUGCAACAAGGCCUCUGCUUGUUGAAGAACAAUCUCCUGGUAUUGAAAAAGAGGUCUCUGCUUCAUCCUCAGUCACAGCUGUUGUCCUCUUCAGCAACUUUAUUACUGCCUGUGGUUGCUUCGGUUAUGGGUGUGCUUCUGGAUUUUCAUCUCCUGCUGAAUCUGGUAUCAUGGAAGACCUGGGCCUCUCUACUUCAGAGUACUCUGUUUUCGGUUCAGUAAUGACAGUUGGAGGAAUGCUAGGUGCAAUAGUAAGUGGCAAAGUAGCCGAUGUGAUUGGACGGAGAAGUACUAUGUGGCUCCUGGAUGUAUUUUUCAUCGUGGGGUGGAUUGCAAUAUAUUUAGCAAAGGGUGCUUGGGUGCUUUAUUUUGGACGGCUGUCGAUGGGAUUUGGAAUUGGGCUUCUUUGUUACGUGGCGCCCAUUUAUUCCGCAGAAAUCACACCCAAGAAUAUUCGAGGAGCAUGUACAGCAUCUAAUGAGUUGAUGGUGGUCUGUGGUGGAUCACUUAUGUUUUUCGUUGGGAAUCUCAUUAAUUGGCGAGCGUUGGCACUAAUUGGAACUAUCCCGUGUAUCAUACAAUUUGUAGGCUUAUUCUACAUACCAGAGUCUCCAAGAUGGUUGGCCAAGGUUGGCCAAGAAAAAGAGUUAGAAACAUCUCUUCGACGCCUAAGGGGAAAAAAUGCCGAUAUUUCUGAAGAAGUAACUGAGAUCAUGGAUUAUACUGAAAUCCUUCUAAAGCUCUCAAAAUCCAGAUUUUUAGACUUGUUCGAUCGGAGAUAUGCACAUUCACUCAUUGUUGGAAUUGGACUUUUGUCACUGGUUCAAUUUGGAGGGACCAGUGCGAUCUCAUAUUAUGCAAGUUCGAUUUUUAAAGCUAUUGGUGCCUCAACUACUGUUGGGACUACAGCAAUGGCCAUUAUUCAGAUUCCAUUUUCUGCUUCGAGCUUACUCUUAAUGGACACGUGUGGGCGACGAAAACUUAUGAUGGUUGCUGCAGCCGGAGUAUGCCUUGGAAGCUUCCUUACAGGAAUAGCAUUCCUUUUGCAGGAUUUUCAUCAAAAUGACGAACUCACUUCCAUAUUGGUGCUGAUUGGCAUACUGGUAUAUGAUGCAUGUGCUGCAAUGGGCAUGGCUAAUACACCAUGGGUUAUAAUGUCAGAGAUAUUUCCUAUAAACAUAAAAGGUUCUGCUGGAAGCCUAGUGAUUUUGCUCAACUGGUUCAGCUCAUGGAUUGUUUCUUACACAUUUAACUUCAUAUUCGAAUGGAGUUCAGCAGGAGUAUUCUUCAUAUUUGGAAGCAUAUGUGCUUCAAUUGUUCUAUUUGUUUUCAAGCUGGUGCCAGAGACCAAGGGAAAAACAUUAGAAGAAAUACAAUCCAUGAUGCAUCUUCUCAAAUGAGAAAAUCAAUUAAUUCUAAGGAAUCUAUGAAUUGUGUUAUGUAGUUCUAUUUGUUUUCAAGCUGGUGCCAGAGACCAAGAGAAAAACAUUAGAAGAAAUACAAGAAUCCAUGAUGCAUCUUCUCAAAUGAGAAAAUCAAUUAAUUCUAAGGAAUCUAUGAAUUGUGUUAUGUAGGGUAUGUGUUUUAAAAAAAUAAUAAUAAAAAAAGAAUUCACAGUGAAUCCAACGGCUACAAAGAAUUCACAGUGAGGCAUCACUACUAUGUUCCUUGAUGAUGUAUCAAAGUCCUAUUAUAAAUGUGGCAUCAGAAAUGAUCUCUUGUUCACUUGCGAUUAGGGCUGCAAGUUGGGUUGGCCCAACCCAGCCCAGUCCUAACCCAACCUCAACCCAAAUCGUGUUGGGUUGGGGCCAACCCGAAUUGUACCCAACAUGGAUUAUGGUCAAAACCCAACCCGAAUAUUUUCGGGCCGGUCGGGUUGGGUUGACGGGUUGAGUUUUUUUUUUAAUAAACAAAAUAAUAAUAAUUUUAGUUUUUUUUUGAAAAUUUAUAUAUAUAUAUAUAUAUAUAUAUAUAUAUAUAUAUAUUAGAUUAUAUUAUUAUUAAAAAACAAAAUUUUUUUAGGGCAAAUCAUUUCAGCCUCCCCAAUCGCCUCCAGGUCUCGUUCCCAACUCUCUCUCUCUGCAACUACAAACUACAAAAUCUACAAGAAUCAAAAGUUCAAAACUCAUAUAUUUCGGAUGUUUGCCAGAAUCAAAAGUUCAAAACCCAUAUCGGCAUAUCAUUUCAAAUUCUCCAAAAAAAUCAAAACCCGUAUCUUUCAAUUUCCAUCGCCCACUGUUCCAGUUCAGGUUUACUGUUCGCAAAGCUUCAGCCGCUGUCUCUCAACUCUCAAGCUUGCCCCCCUCUUAACUAUCAAGCUUCGCCCAUGAAUGGCGGCAAAAAGAGAGAGAGAAAGAGAAAGAAAAAGAAGAGAGAGAAAGAAAAAGAAGAGAGAGGAGACAGAAAGGAGAAAAAAAAAAAAAAAAAAUUAAGCCCCCCUCUCAACUCUCAAGCUUCGUCCAUGGACGACGGCAGAGAGAAAGAAAAAGAAGAGAGAGGAGAGAGAGAAGAAAAAAAAAAAAAUUAAAUAAAAAAAAUUUGGGUUUUGGGUUGGGUUUGGGUUGAGCCCGAGCCCAACCCAAAUUUGUCUGGGUUUUGACAAAACUCAACCCAAACAUGAAUCCAAUUUGUGAAUAUAAGCCCCAAUUUCAAAAUUUUUGGGUUGGGCUGGGUUAACCCGCCCAAGUUGCAGCCCUACCUGCAAUAAAAAAAUUCAUUAAACAUGGUAAUAGUUGGAUAUGAUUUAUUAUUAUUAUUUUGAUAAUUACUUUUUUCCAUCUAACGGUUAUUAUGCUUCGUGUGGAGAAAAUUUCUUAUUCACCUGGUGAGCAAGACAUCAUUACUCAGUCUCUUGCACUACAAUAAAAUAUAUAUAUCAGAAGUCCCCAAAUUGCACAACUGACCGUAUGUCUAUUGAAACUAAAUCCUUUUUUUUUUUUUUUUUUUUUUU